AUGGACGACCAAUUCAACGGCCGGACCGACGACGACUUGUUCGCGGAUGACUUUGAGCCCGUGAUCGCCCAGCCGCCGGCCCACCGUGUCGAAAACCCCGCCGCACCCGCGAUCGACGAGAGUCAACAGCCCACGCCCUCUGCACAGGUCCAAUCGGCCACUACGCCAAGUAUACCGCCGUCCCUAGCCCAAUCGCGCCACGCAAAGCCGUCGCCGCAUCACCAAUCGCAGCGCCCACGCAAGCACUCUCCGAAGCCUGCCGCCGCCACGGGGGCGGGGACGGGGGCGGGGGCGGGGGCCGCUUCGACAGCGACGAUAGCAUCAACAACCGUAGCUACAGCAGCGAACGGCGGGUCCUCUGAGCCAUCUCACGACGCCCCCUCCGUCAGUGUCGGCAGUACCAACAACGGUGACGCCCGACCUCCUAGACAUCCGCAUCCGCAUCCGCAGCAGCAGCGCGCAUCGCCCGCGGUGGGGACCGGAGCACCAGGUCAGAACACGGCGUCGGUGGACCGUCUGGCGUCGGGUGCGAACCCGCGGACGAAGCCGACCGACGCGGAGCUCGCGGCCAAGAUGGAGCAGAUGCGGCUGCUGGCGGCCGAGAAGACUCGGCGCUUCGAGCAAGCGGAGCGCGACAGCCGGUCGCACGCUAUCGCGUACGAGAAGGGCAUGGAGGAGGCCCGCCGCCGCCGUGCCGAGGAGGCCGAGCGUAGACGCCGCGGCGACGAGGAACGCCGUCGUAUGGACGAGGAGCGCGCCGCUAACCGCGAGCGCAAGCUGCGCGCUAUGGGGGCCCGGGAAGGUGGCGCCAGCGGCGCUGGCAGCUGGGACGAGGGCAAGACGCUCGACGACGAGCGCGACCGCCGCGCCGGCUUCCGCGGCGUGAACGGCGGCGUGCGCGGGGCCCGCAGCGCCGGAUCCUCGCUGGCGAGCAGCCGGUUCGCCGAGAGCGACGAUUUCGUGCCGCGGGAGUUCGGGCCCGACGAUUUCCGGGGACGUGGACGCGGGCGCGGGCGCGGACGCGGUAGGGGAGACCCGACUCGGGGAGGCGGAAGAGGUGGCCGAGGAGGAGGGAGCUUUUACCAGGACGGCGACAGGGGCAGGCCGGCGCAAAACGGCGCGGCCCACCCCCAGCAACAGCAUAAGGGGCCCGCUCAAGCUCCACCGACCAUCGAGGACUUCCCUGCCCUACCGACGCCCGCCGCCGGGUCCAAGAAACCGGAUACGAGUAACAAUACAGUCAUCGACACGGCCCUGGCCGAUCCCCUCGCCGGGCUGAACUCGCCGCCCAUCGGGAAGUGGGACGACGAGAUGGCCGCGCUCGACGCCACCAAGACCGCCGCCUAG